AUGAACGCAGCAAUUGUUAAAAAGACCCAAGACACGCUUGGAAAGGUGAUUAAGAAACCACCGCUGACUGAAAAACUGCUCAGCAAACCACCUUUUCGAUAUCUGCACGACAUCUUCACUGAGAUCAUCAGAACUACUGGUUUCCUGAAGGGACUCUACAAAGACAGUGAAUUGAAGUCAGAUAAUGUAAAGGACAAAGAGACUAAAAUCGCUUUUCUUCAGAAAGCUAUCGACGUCGUGACCCUCGUCAGCGGAGAGCCGAUUGCUGCAAAGCCGGCACGCAUUGUGGCCGGCCACGAGCCUGACAAGACUAACGAGCUGCUGCAGGCUAUUGCCAAGUGUUGCCUUAACAAGCUUUCAAGUGAGGAGGCAGUGAAACGAGUACUGUCCGGAGAUAAGGUGGACUUAAAAACUAAGGCCACGUCUAAGUCCCAAGACAAAGAAAAUCGAGAGGGACGUGAACAUCAGUCAGCGGAUCGAGAGAAGAGGAUCGAGCGCAGCGGGAGUAGAGAAGACAAGGACCCGGACCAUCCCAGAGAGUCGGAGAGGCAGCGUCGCGAUGUCGAACGAGACCACCGCCACGAACGAGAGCGUUCUGGCAAGAACCACCGGCGUGAACGGGACCAUGGCAAAGACGGCGACCAGGACAAGAGUCGCGAACGAACACGGGACAAGGAUAAAGACAAAGGGAGAGGAAAAGACAUAGAUAGGGAGAAAGAUAAAGACCAUGAAAGAGAUAAAGACAAGAGUCGAGACAGAAUACGAGAGAGAGAUUCUCAGCGGGAUGCUGAAAGGAGCAAGGACAAACGACGAGAACGAGACAAAGAGGCAGAAAGACGGAAAGAGAGUGAAGAAAAGAACCGAAGUGAAGAAAAGAGUCUGCACACGCAGGAUAGAAUUUCAGAAGGACCACAAAAACCCACUGAGGAAGAGCCCAGAAAACCAGCUGAGCUUCCACAAGCUGAACCAGAGCCAGCUGAUGAGCCUGCAGAGAGAGUUGAAAACCAGACCUCACAAGUUGACAGUCCAGCAAGAAUACCUCGGCCUUCUUCUGCUAAAGGACAACGGCGGAAACCUAGAGUUGCAGGACAAGAUGAAUCCGACAGUGAUGGCGAUGUUGAGCCUCCUAAGGACAGUGGGGAUCCUGCAGGUGCCACAUUUCCAUCUGAGAUCGCCUCCAGUAAGCGAACAGCACGGCCUGGCAGUGCUCGUCCGGCUCCUCCUCGAGUCAAGAAACAGGAAAGCUUCACUGAGGGGGUCCCUACUGAAAGGCUUUCUAGUGCCAAAUCUUCAGUCAUUAGGGAUGGAAAGAAGCCGUCUGAUGAUGAAGAUGAGGAAGACGAGCAGUUUCUUGUGGCUGAGGCGGCCCCUGAACCAGCAGAUGCUCAUGAGAAGGAAUCCGGACAAGCCCUCAAUAGUGACGAACAGCAUGGUGGACUCGUGAAAAAGAUCCUAGAAACCAAAAAAGAGUUCGAGCCGUCACCGUCCAUCAAAUCUAAAGAGAAGUUGUUAUCAGAAGAAGCCCGGAAGCAAGAGCAGGAUCUUGUCUCACGGGAGGUGGAGCGUCUGCGUGCGUCCAUUCAGUCUGUGUGUCAGAGCGCGCUACCAUUGGGGAAGAUCAUGGACUACGUACAGGAGGACAUCGACGCCAUGCAAGCGGAGCUGCAGAGCUGGCGCAGGGAGAACAAGGAACAUGCGCAAGCUUUGUUAGAAGAGCAGAGAGCGACAGAAUGGGCGUUAGAACCCCUUAAGGCAGAACUUCAUGAACUAGACCAAAAGAUCAAAGAUUACCAGGACAUCAUUUGUACAAAGAGGUCUAACAUACUGAGAAAUGAAGAGAAGAUUCAGAAGAAGCUGACUGGAAUCAUAUCCUCCUCUUCCUCGAACUGA